GGUCACACCACUUUGUGAAAGCUUCUUAUAAAUAGUUAACACUACUAAAGCCUUGCACAAGUUAAAGUUUGGUGGGAAGCAGAAGCAAUUGUAAAGCCUCAAUCCUCUAGCCCAUUGUCAGUGGUAAUUAGCAGAAGUGCCAUCACCUGGAAAUAAAAGAGGCACUAUCAGUCAGAGGAAGUUUUACCUCUCAGGUAAGGAAAUAGAAACAGGCACUCAGAUGGCUUCCAGGUUUGCUAGAAGAUGCCCGGAGUACUCAGACUCCUUUCUGCUUAAAGAUCCCAGCCUCAGCCCUCUGAAUGAUGUCUCUCACAGUGCCUCCUGGUGGGCUGAUAGGGAGGAGCACAAAGAGCAAAAAGAUUCACUCAGGGAGCAACUAAAAGAGAUGGAUGAUCAUGUGGCCAGGCUUCAGGACAUGCUGAGAUCUGAACGGGCCAAAUGCACUCGUCUGCAGCUGCGGAGUAACCAGCAGGAGACAGAGCUGAGGCGUCGAGAGCAGCAUGGCAACAGAUUGAAGGAGAGGCUGUCACUGUUGACUGUUGGACACAGAGAGAAAGGACCAUCUAUAGAGGUGUUGAACUUCCCCCCUGGGAGUCGAGGCAAGAGAGAACAGACGAUCAAAUCAACCAGGUCUACUGCAAGUACUGCAAAACGGGAAGAGGCAACGCUACGUCUGAUGCUGGAGCGCAGAGAAGCAGAGCUCAGAGAGGCGAUGAAGCUGCGCCACAGCCUCACCACUUUACUUCACGCACUCCGAGUUGACAUGGAACAUACCCUGUCGGAUACUGUGGGUCUUCAAGAUGAGGCCCACACUGAAGACAAAAGGCUGGAUCAAGCUGAGGUGGCACUUGGUGACCAUGUAACAGGAGGUGUGGUUCAGAGUUGGAGGCGGGUGCAGAAGAGGCUGGGUGACAUCCUAUCUGAAGGCCACACUGGUGUUGGUACUGACCAUGACAAGCUCCUGGUUCGACUAGAAACUGACCUGAAGGAGAGUCAGCAGCUUGUCAGAUUACAACAGCAGCUACUGCAGGACAACAUUGCUUCACCUGUCCACUCUGAACUGGCUGAUUCCUACUUUUUGGAAGAGUGGGAACGUCUUCAGCUGCAUUGGGCAGAGCUUGAUCAUCAGAGACGGACGUUUGAAAGGGAGAGGCAGUCCUUCACUGAUGCUGCAAUCCGGCUAAGCCAUGAGCGUCGGGAUUUUGAGCAACAGAAGGCCUCUCUCCUGAAGCAGCAGUAUCUGUGUGACUCACCUCUGUUUAAUAAAGAAGCACCGAGCAACAACAGAAGAGAGAGCACUGCUCUCAAUUUCUCAGGUUUGGGGCCCACCAGCAUAUCAGGGUGCCUUCCCAUUACUCCAUCUUCCACCAAGUCUGGGACAGCUGCCAUUUCUAGAUUACAUCAGGGAACAGUCAGAGUUCAAACCCCGAGCACUCCUGAGCUCUACUCUGCUCUCGAUCUGUCAUACAACUGCAGGACUGGUGAGAUUGACCAUCAGUCAGAGACAUGGGAUUGCCACGCAAACAGGAUGGUGCACUCACCACAGGCUCCACACUUGGACUGCAAUUUUGAUGAUAGGUGGUGAUUAAACACAUUGUACAUUAUUUACUCCUUUUUUAAAAUAAUCAAUAAAGACUGAUUAU